ACCACCACAUCUAGUUAAGCUCUUAUUACUACUUCUAAUCGUUCUUGAUUUCCUCUUGUGAUUGAAAGAGACAUUAACAAUGGCCCCCUCAAAGGUCCUUCUCCUCAGCCUCGCCUUCGUCGCGAUCAUUCUCGUCUCAUCCGAGGCUGUGUCCGCCCGUGAGCUGGCCGAAACCACCCAAACUGGGGAGACUGUGGGGAUGGAUCACUAUGGACAUGGUGGACACGGCCACGGAAAGGGCCACGGUGGCUAUGGCCACGAUGAUGGGCACCAUGGCCACCACUGCCAUCAUGGCCACCACUGUACAACGGAGGAAACCGGAGCUGGGAAACACUAAAUAAAAGUACGAGACAAAAGCUAAUUUCCAGCUCCAGUCGACAUGAGAAAUCACAGGAGUGAUCAUGGAAGUUAGUAUAUAUUAUCAUGUGUUUUGUGUGGUGUAUGCGUGUAUGCGUGCGUAGUUUCGUCAAUGCCUUUGCAUGGUGAGAUAAUAAGCUGUGGAAUCACUGUAAUGCCAUUGGCAUGCAAGCAAACAGCAGUCUAUAUGUUAAAGUAAGGUUUUCAUUAAAUUAAGCUCUCUCAAGCACUUCCUUUUGUUUUA